CUUGCAUGUAGGCACACAGCGCGAAAGAAUAAGAAGCUGCAGAAUGUUAAAGGUGGUUGGACCUACACUUUGUUGGAAACAUGGAAGAUGUUUCUUUACUCUUGUACAUCGGUCAAAGUCCUCAAAGAGCGAUGUCAGAAAAAUCAUUAACUUAAGGCGGGAAAAUGAAUUACUGUUUGGGCCUGUGCUCAAAGGAAAGGACUUGGAACCAAAGAAAAACAAAACAAAAAAGAAGAAAUCUGUAAAAGAUGGGAUAAGUAUUAUAAUGGAGCAAGCUAGAACACAGAUAGUUGAUCAGGUGGAUGAGGCUGACAUACUUGAUGAGUCCAGCAUAUCUUCAACAAGUGGAGCCAAGAAAACAAAGGCAAAAUCCAGCAAUGCAGCCAAAACAACCAGAAAGAAAAGCUUGUCUACAGAGCAGACAGUUUCAAGUAAAAAUAAGACAUCUACUAGUUCUAGGGCUCAGACACCAAAUGGCAGUGAAUCAGGUGAACAGGCUCCAUCAUUGUUUGAGUUUGUGCUGAACUUUCCACUUGAUAUCAAGACAGACAUGACCGGUGAUGAGUCUUCUGACUUUGGAAAGCAGGUUGAGCAGAUGAGUUUGAGAACUCUCCCUACAGUCAGUAGUGUCAUAAACAAAACACAGUCGGACAUGGCUCGUUUCUUUCUUCAGCGAUGGAGAGAGACAUCCAUAGCAGAGCUUGGCAAAGAGGAAUUCUACAAGAAGCAGGAAGGGAUCAAACAUGACGGCAUCAACCUCCAUGCUUGUAUCCAGCAAUUUCUGUCUGGGCGCAGCAUCAGUGACAUCCAGAUACAACCACGCUGUGAAGGCUACUGGGAGAGCGUACGUGAAACGCUGGACAAGGUGGGAGAGGUCAAGGCCGUGGAGGGCAAGGUGGUCCAUCCCCAGCUGAUGUAUCAAGGCACCUACGACUGUGUGGCCUCCUUCAGAGACUCGCUGUGUGUGAUAGACUGGAAGACGUCCCAGAAGCCAAAGCCCCUCCUCACCAACACCUUCGACAACCCUCUGCAGUUAGCCGCCUAUCUGGGUGCCUUUAAUGCAGGGGCGGACGUCAGUCACAAGCAUGGUCGUGUCACCCAUGCUGUUAUUGUGAUUGCAUACCCCUGGGGAGAACCGGCCCAUGUCCAUGUGAUAGACCAUCAGCUGUGUGAGAAGUACUGGGCGCAAUGGUGUGUCCGACUUCACCAGUACUGGAACAUUGUGGCCAGAGAAAAGGGUCUUCAGGCAAAACAGACGGUGUCAGCUGUAUAAGGAGGGCUGGGUCCAAUUGGCGUGGUCGACUACACUGGUACUGGAACUUUGUGGCCAGAGAAAAGGGUCUUCAGGCAAAACAGAUGGUGUCAGCUGUAUAAGGAGGGCUGGGUCCAAUUGGCGUGGUCGACUACACCAGUACUGGAACUUUGUGGCCAGAGAGAAGGGUCUUCAGGUGAACCAAAUGGUGUUGGCGGCUAGAGAAGUACUGGGCACAGUGGUGUGUCCGACUAUGGUUAAGUGUACUGAGCCAGGCAACAUGUGGUUGAAUACACCAGUAGUGAAUCAUAGUAGCCUGAAAGAAGGGGCUGCAGACAAAUUAGAUGGUGUUUGCAGUGUAAAGUGUACUGGUCCAGGCUUCUGGUUUGGGCGACACCAGUAUGAGACUUUGAGGAAGGAACAAUUAGAAUUGCCUCAGAAGGUAGCUCCAGUAGGUAAUUCCUGACAUUACAAUUGUAUUAGUCACUGAGAGUUGUUCGAGCUCCUUCCUCAAGACAAGCCUGGAAGACUGCCUGAACCUCUAGGGCUGAGAGACCAGCAUUACCAAACCUUGACUCAUGUUUGUAAUGCUGUGUGAUGGUGGUCUGUAGACACUGCAGCUUGACAAGACUUUCUCUUGGAUCUGAAGGCAAUGAUGAAAACAUAGUAAAGAAUUUUACCCACACUUAUAAAACGUAUUCAUGAUUUAUGCAGGUUUUUCAUAGGUCAUGACACAAUGAGUGAACACGUAUUAUCUAUCCUUCAGCGUCAUGUCCACUUCCGUCAUUAUGACUUACAUGGUGCUUCUUACUUUAGUGGCAGCUGGGCAUUGUUAACGGACACACAGGGUAUCAAUGAGGCAUUAACAUUUUACUUUAGAGUUCUACAGGACCCUGUAGACCAAGGACAGAUAUUAAAUUGAUACUGUUUAUGGUCUCACAUGCCUAACCUGGUAUUAUUAGUGAGUGACUUAAGUUCAAGGCUGCUUAAAUAAUAUUCAUUUAUGCCAUUGUAUGUCACUUUAAUGCAGGAUUUACAUAUUUGAUGAAUUCCACAUGCAUCCACAAAAAUCAUAAAUGGGCUGAACAUGAAAUUUGGUCCCCCAGUCAGUGGAUUUUAGCACAGAUCAAAUUGAAGAGCUUUAGAUUAGUGUUCCCUGAUCAGUGUUUAAGGUGUUAUUGUUGUUGAUUGUUGUUGAUUGUUGUUGAGGUGUUGAUUGUUGUUUAACGCCACACACAGCAAUAUUCUAGCGGCAGUCUGUAAAUAAUCAAGUCUGGACCAGACAAUCCA